UCUCGCUAAACGAUGAUCAGUGGGAAUCUCGAUUCUACAGAAUCUCCAAAAAGGAAAAAAGAUUUUGAACCAAAAAUCAUUCGCGAAAACAUUUUGAUAUAGAUUUCCCAAAACGCAUGUAAUUUCGCCAGAAAUAACACGUUCAAUCCCGCACAGAAUCACGAGCUAAGGAACAACAAAUAUCGCCUUUUAUUCCUUUUCUCCGUCGCGUGAUUUAUUCCAUUUUUCGCGGGAUAAGAUAAGCAUUGCCUCGCUCUUCGUAGGGUUUCGCCGCUGUUGAUCUCUUCAUAAGGAGCUUGGCAAGAAGAGGUUAAAUGAUAGACCAAUGCAUGAAUGUAGAUGAGUCAUUUUUCAGGCAAGUAAGGUUUCAGAUAAGCUGAAACUUUCUGGAAGAGUGCAUUGGAGUCAUUCGAUAGUAUCACAGAGGUGAUUGUUUCAAUUGAAUAUACAAUCACAUUGGGAUGUAGAAUCUGGCGUAUGUGACCUCAAUGGGUUCUGAAGUUGACAGCCUGGAUAUGGAUGAGCUAGUUUUCUUGAGUAUGUGUGAGCAGACAGUUAGAGAAUUAUGCUAGACAUGGAUGACUUGGAUUUUGAUGCUUUUCUCCCCGGCUGGAUAAAUCCAGCUGAAAUGGCAGAAUCUCAUCUGUUUAUUGUGUCUUGCUUCAUUGCUGGUUUGGUGGGAAUAUUAACUAUUUUUUAUACAGCUUUCCAGUGGAGAAGAAACAUCAAUUUAACUUGGAUGAGAGCCAUAGCCAGGUCAAAGAAAAACCCAAAAACUAGGCACAAGGUUGCCAUGGCUCCUCAUACUUGGGCUUUGGAAUCUCUAACUCGAGGGAAAAGCUUAAACUGCUGUGUUUGUUUAAAGUCUGUCUCACCAUCCCAAACUUACAGCCAUAUGGUAGGUUCAGAUAGUUUUAUUCACCGAUGCAGCAUAUGUGGUGCAGCAUCCCACUUGGGCUGUUCCUCUAAUGCCCACAAGGACUGUAAGUGUGUGUCGAUGUUUGGUUACGAACACAUGAUGCAUCAAUGGGCAGUGCGGUGGACCGAGGCAACAGAUCAACCUGAUGAAUCAUCAUUCUGUUGCUACUGUGAAGAGCCAUGCAGUGGUACUUUUCUUGAGGGAUCCCCAAUAUGGUGUUGCUUAUGGUGUCAGCGAUUGGUGCAUGUUGACUGCCAUGGUAGUUUGUUUAAUGACACGGGGGAUGUUUGUGAUUUGGGCCCUUACAGAAGGCUUAUACUAUCACCUCUAUAUGUUAAACAAUUUAAUAGGACUUAUUCUGGUGGAUUUCUGAGUUCCAUCACCCAAGGAGCCAAUGAGAUUGCAUCUUCCAUGCGUGCUACCAUAAGAAGUCAAAGUAUGAAAUAUAAGCAUGGAGUUGAGAUCUCAAAUGAUACUGGUAAUGGUAGUAAUAUGAGUGACACCUCCACGGAGAUUCCUAUGGAGACAGGUCAGAUGGUGAAUGGUUCUCAUAGAAUUGAAGAAAACCAAAACGGUCGUACAAAUGCUGAGGUGGUGGACCAACAUGGAGAAGCUAAAAACAUGGAAAAGGGUCCUAUUUUGAGAAGAAGCGUAUCUAUUAAUCAAAAGGAGGAGAGUCAGUUAGGAGGCUUGAGACAAAAGUACGAAUUAAAUGAUCUGCCGCCAGAGGCAAGGCCCUUACUUGUGUUCAUCAACAAAAAGAGUGGAGCUCAACGAGGAAAUUCACUCAAGCAGAGACUGAAUAUUCUACUGAAUCCUGUACAGGUUUUCGAAUUAAGCUCAACACAAGGCCCAGAAGCUGGACUCGACUUGUUUAGGAAGAUGCCUCAUUUCCGAAUUCUUGUUUGUGGAGGAGAUGGUACUGUUGGCUGGGUACUGAAUGCAAUAGACAAGCAAAACUUUGUUUCUCCUCCACCAGUGGCCAUUCUUCCUGCCGGGACUGGAAAUGAUAUGGCUCGAGUACUUUCUUGGGGAGCUGGCCUAGGUUCAGUUGAGAGGCAAGGAGGUCUGUACACGUUAUUGGAUCACAUUGAACAUGCUGCUGUUACCAUGCUUGAUAGAUGGAAGGUAUCAAUCUCGAGCCAGCACAGGAAACCACUCCAUUCUCCUAAAUUCAUGAACAACUAUCUUGGGGUUGGAUGCGAUGCAAAAGUUGCUUUGGAAAUCCAUAAUAUGAGAGAAGAGAACCCUGAUAAGUUCUACAACCAGUUUAUGAAUAAGGUUCUUUAUGCAAGAGAAGGUGCCAGAAGUAUAAUGGAUAGGAGAUUUGCCGACUUCCCCUGGCAAGUUCGGGUUGAGGUGGAUGGUGUCAAGGUUGAGGUUCCCAAGGACGCGGAGGGUGUCCUUGUAGCUAAUAUUGGGAGUUAUAUGGGUGGUGUCGACCUAUGGCAGAAUGAAGAUGAGAACUAUGAUAACUUUGAUCCUCAAUCUAUGCAUGACAGAGUGCUUGAGGUAGUAAGCAUUUCAGGGACAUGGCAUCUUGGAAAGCUGCAGGUUGGCCUAUCCCGAGCUCGCAGGCUUGCACAGGGGCAGUCAAUUAAGAUUCAGAUUUUUGCUGGCUUGCCGGUUCAAAUAGAUGGAGAGCCAUGGUUCCAACCGCCUUGUUCAUUAACCAUUACACAUCACGGACAGGCCUUUAUGUUGAAAAGAGCUGCAGAAGAACCUCUCGGCCAUGCAGCUGCAAUUAUUGCUGAUGUCCUUGAGAAUGCUGAAACGAGUCAUGUCAUCAAUGCAUCACAAAAAAGGGCACUGCUCCAAGAAAUGGCUCUGAAGCUUUCUUGAGUUAUCGUUUACAAUAGCUAUAACCAUGUCUAUUGAUGUACUAAAAUGAACAGUCUGUCUCACUGCCUUGUUUUUACAGGUGAUCUGUAUUUAUUGUUUAGUGUUUACAAGAAAAAGAAGAAUGCUGCUAACCAGACCUUACUAUAUGCAAACAGCAAUUUUUUAGCAGCAAUGCCGAUAUGGGAUGUUGAAUUUUUCUCUUUUGCUUCUAACAUGUCCUAGGUAUGAUUGUGUAUAUGACACGUUCUUAGAUCUAAACCGCCAACAGCUUCAGGUUGAGUCAAUAGCCAGAGGCAGGAUCUUACUGGAAGAUUUAUACCGGUGGAUAACAAUUGAAAAGCUAGAGCAACUUAUUGUCAACUCAAAAGGUAAUUUUGCUUUAAUGAGCUAAUUUUGGUCUCUUUACAAUGUUUGUCAUCUGGCACACAGAUAAGCUUGCAUAGUGAUUCUAGUUGUUUUAUGAAAAGCAUAUGCAUCUGAAAGUUGCCUGUGGGACUGAUGCUCUCUCACUAACCUGCACUUGAACUUGUUCCAGUGCCUCGGAACAAAUCCUCUUCUCUCCACAACUUCCAUUUGAUUUUCAAUUGUUCUUCGAUGUCUUGGAAUUAUCUUUGUAUUUCUGGUCUAAGCAAUGCAGGUGGAAAGGGGACUUGAGGUGAAACGAACGAGGAGUCCAGUGGCCGUUUGAGACACGGAAAGCACAGUUGAGCUUGUCUGGUGAUUGGUUUAAGUUUGCAGGAGUCGAGUAGGUUGCUACCGUCAUGCUUUGGGCCGAUAUUGUAUACGGUUUGGUGAAUUGAAUCCCAUCUGAGGCCAGUCUUGGGUGCAAAUAUUUUGCCCUGUUUCUCCUGUUUUACUAUUUGUUGGUGAAGUGUGGUUUGAUUCGUUUUCGAAAUAGUAAAAAAAAUACUACUACUAGUAUACUUCAUGUACUUUCCCAAUUAUCCACAUCUUCAUGUGUUCAAAAUCAAUUCUUUUUAUGAAGAUAUAUACACGUAGACAUUUUAUUUUU